AUGUCUACCCCUCUCCAGACGGAAGUUAUUGAUGACUUCAUGAUAGCGAAAGAGGCGUUCACCCAUGAGACACUACUUCUUGGACACCGCCUAUCUUCCCUGAGCCCAGACUUGUACGCCUUCAACGAACGACCCACCAUCCAUAUUGCACAACGGUUGUCGUUACAACUUCCACUGCAGUCUCUCGGCCCCUUUCGAGCAACGAGCUGGCUUUUGCCCGACCAUGGAUGGGACGGCAUUGGAUGGGCUGGCAAACUCUGGAGCUAUUGA